ACAUAGCUCAUCAAACUUCAAAAUAGUUACACAAGAGUAUUAGAACUAGAAGAUAGGAGUUUUCUCUUUUCACGAAGGAAGAUGUAAUCAACCAAAACACGAUAUUAAUCCACGAACUUUUAAUUCAGAUUUUUUAAGAUGAUAUUGCAAAUAGUUUUAAGUAUUAUGCCAACUAUUUGACAAAAUGCUUCAAUGGCAGAACAAGGCAUGAGCAAAAGACCAGCGCCGGACCCGGUGUCAGUGCUACGAGGUCACCGCGCUUCUGUUGCUGACAUUUGUUUUCAUCCUUCUAACAGCAUAUUAUUUUCUGGGUCAACUGAUGGAGAAUUGCGGAUUUGGAAUACCGUACAGUAUCGUACAGUUUCUUCGGCUUGGGUUCAUAGUGCAGCACAUGGGAUUAUUUGUGUUGCUGCAAGUCCUGUUCUUGGGGAUAAUAAAGUUAUCAGCCAGGGCAGAGAUGGUACUGUUAAAUGUUGGGAUUUUGGAGGAGGAGGUUUGUCCAGGACACCAUUACUUACAAUAAAGACAAACUCUUAUCAUUUCUGCAAAUUAUCGAUUGCAAAGUCACCAAGUGAGGCAAUGAAGAUUGAUGAUCUGGAGGUCAACGAAAUUGUUGAUGGCAUGCAAAGAGAAGAACAAGGAGAUCAACCCACUGAUUCCACCAAAUUCAAAGGUAAGGAGCUCAUUGAAGGACCAAAAUAUGUUGCUAUAGCAGGAGAACAAGCUUCUGUGGUUGAGAUUUGGGAUGUCAAUACUGCAGAAAGAAUUGCACAGCUGCCUCAUAGCUCUGGCAGCCCCUCAAAUCAGACUCCGAACCAAAGAGGAAUGUGCAUGGCGGUUCAAGCAUUUUUACCUUCUGAAUCUCAGGGGCUCCUAAGUAUCAUGGCAGGUUACGAGGAUGGAUCCAUUGCUUGGUGGGAUUUGCGUAAUCCGGGUGUCCCCUUGACUUCAGUCAAGUUCCAUUCAGAACCAGUUUUAAGCUUAUGCAUAGAUGGAUCAUGCAAAGGUGGUCUCUCUGGAGCCGCUGAUGAGAAAAUUUUGAUGUUUGCAUUGGACCAUUCUAUGGGUUCUUGUUUGAUCAGAAAAGAAAUUGUUUUGGAGAGACCUGGAAUAGCUGGAACCUCAAUCCGGCCAGACGGGAAAAUUGCUGCAACUGCUGGUUGGGAUCACCGGGUUAGGAUUUACAAUUAUCGCAAAGGAAAACCUUUGGCUAUUUUGAAAUAUCAUAAUGCCACGUGCAACACUGUUUCAUUCUCUGCUGACAAUAAAUUAUUGGCCUCUGCAUCUGAAGACACGACAGUGGCUCUAUGGGAACUUUAUCCUCCUAGAACAUGAUGUUGUAUAGUUCUUAAUCCUCUUCUAAAUUAGUUCUUUAGACAACGAUGAACCUCUAUACAAACAGUGUUUUGUGGGUUAUGAUGGAGCUCUAUAAACAGCGCUUGUGGUUGUUA